AUGGUUGUUCUUCGGGCUCAAGUAAUUCUUGCUGGUAAGAAAUAUAGUUAUAAAAUGUUCCUCAUUUCGAGAAAUCAUUCAUUAUUUAUACUGAAUUUAGGUUUGAUACUCGUCUCUGCUAAAGCUGUAAAUUUAAUCACACAGGGGUUGUAAUGACGCUUUUUUGGAGCGGAAUAAGUUUUGUUUCUUUUUAGGUUAAGAAAUAUUUUGUUUAACCUCAUUGUACGUUGUAAAAAGCCCGUUGAUUUUGUCCCAUAGGUGACCCUGGUGUGGGAAAGAGUGCACUGACACAAGCCUUCCAUAGUGAUGGGACGCAUUUUCCUAAAAACUACACUAUGGUACGUUCUUAAACUUAAUUUAUUCUGCUAAAGGUACAUGUAUCUAAAGUAGUUAGUGUCAAAGCAGGUAGUGUUUUAUAUUUCCUCUGUUAAUGCUUAAGUUGGCAAUUAUUUCAAUUAAAGAAUAGAGGAAUCAUACAGAAAAUAGGGUGUGAUUACAUGGAGAUUAGCCUAUUUACAGACUUCAGUUUUAUGCUGGAGACCGCAAUCGCCCUGAUUGUCAGGAUUUAAUGUAUUAACUACAGAAUACCUGGCCACUCAAAAAAGGCUAUACCUUUAAAACAGUGGAUAUGUGCUACAUGCCACUUAGCCAUGAAGCCAUGCAGCAGCUUAGCCACAUAGCCACGUAGUCAGAGCUAUGAGGCCAUGUAGCUACAUAGCCACAUCAACCGCAUAGCCACAAAGCCACGCAGCCACCACGUAUAUACCUCCUUAUUUAAGCCCACCACAGCAUUUAAUGCCACACAGCAAUGUACUCAAGUAGCCAUGUUUUUUGUGUCCACCCUUUAAGUGGCCAGGUAUACUGCAGUUACUUUAAAUCUUGACAGUUAAGGCGAUCGCGGUCUCCAGCAUAAAACUGAAGUCUAUACUUAGGCUGGUCUCCAUGUAAUCACCCUGGCUGUAUUAUCUUGUAUGAUUGCCCCAACUAGAACGAUAAAUGGUUAUGGUACAUAAAAAUCAGCUUAUGUACAGACGUUGGUUUUAUUCAAAGAUUGUAAUUGCCUUAAUCAUGGCACAAAAGGCAGCUGGAAUUUCAAGAGUUUACUGUAGUGCAAAGUUAAUGCUUCAAAAACUUACAGGAAAAGUAAAUUGAAGAUAAUCUGACUCGAUUGGCUUACCCAAGUCACAUGGCUACAUGACAUAAUAAUGUUGAAAUCAGAAUUUGUCCUGCAUUGCAUUCUUUACUUUACCUAUAGGCAUAUGAUUUUACUAAUGAAUAGCUGCUCUUGUAUUAUUUUAGACAACUGGAGUUGAAGUUUGUGUAAAGUCAGUCAAUAUCCCUGAGACCUCGGACAGUGUUGUAAGUUUUCAUCAUCUCUAUCAACUUUGACUGCAAGUAGUCUCUUAUUUUCUUCAAAGCUACCAUGGCAACAUGUGCAAGCCAUGAGAAAGGAGGGCAUAAGCCCAAGGAGAAAGAAAGAAAAAAGAAAAGUCCUCGACUGUCCUCCCAAUGCACUCACUGUCGCUCUGAAGACCUUGACAGACCUCUGAGAAAAGGCAGACUGCUAGCAGUCCACUAUCAUAUACUUUUGAUGUGUUUUUCAAAGAACAUUUUUGAUCAAAUCAAUCUGUUUCCAUUCAGUUGUUUGGUAACUUCUGUUAUAAAGUGGAAUUAAAUUAAAUUAAAUUUAAUUCUUUGUGGCAUUGGGCAAGCAAAAUGCGAGAGCUGCUGGUCCAAAGGACAAGCUGGAAUUCAAGUUGUUUUCAAGCCAUGUUUCUAACCCCAAAACAGGUUUGCCUGGUAAAUAAAGUUCCUUUUGGUGAGGAAACCCGGCUGCUCAAGUUUGGCUUGAUUGCAGAUUGGUUAAUUCCAGUUUGUAUUAGAAUAUAGAGAGGUUGCUUUCGUCUAAAAUUAUUUUUAAAUCUCGUCUUUGUUUUCAGGAACUGUACAUUUAUGAUUCAGCAGGAAAGGAAAUGUUUGCAGACAUUGUACAACAGCAUGUAAGUGCCACUUUUUAAACCGCAAAUAAUAAAAUCAGUAUCCAUCUUCUCUUCACAUUACACAGGGUGUUUCAAAGUUCAUUCCAAUUUUUUCUUCACUUAAAUUUCAUUGAUUACUUAAACUACCUUUUGUAAAAUUAAGUAUGUUAUCACUCAUUCAUUUUACAUUGAAUAGCCAGCUGACAUAUUAAUUACCAGAAUGGCCUCCUUUAUUUUUUGUUGCCUUUUUCUAAGUGGCGGGCUAUAGAAUGUGCGAGCUUCAUAAGUGUAUCUUGUUAACCCUUGUUGGGUCCUCUUCAACAAUUUGGCAACUUCUUUGACUGAAUGGCCAGAUGACUGUAAAAAUGUUGCCUGAGCUCUAGCACAAACAGUUUUGGCCUUCAUUUCUGAGAAAGAGCAGAGAAAAUAAAAGAAAAUGGCAAUAAAUACUAAAAAACAUACAAAAUGGCCAGGAAAAAUGUGGCCGAAAAAAGCACAUGCACAUGCAUAUUUCGUGCAAAAAUUCAAAAACAUUUCUUCAAAUCUUAGCUUGAAAUUGCUUUGAGAAGUGAUGUAGAUAAUUUCUUCACUGAAUCAGUUUAAAUUUGGCUAAAGAAGCAUUAAAUGCUGUAUACAAAAUACAAUUUUCAAUGGGAAUGAAUCCUUGAAAGUACACCCUGUAUUUGCUGAAAUUAAACAAAGUUCAUGGGAAUAAGCAAUUUAAUGUUUGGUACAAUUGCACCACAGGGUCCAGAGGAGAUGUGUUUGUCAUUAGAACAUCAAAACCCGUCGAAAACCUCUGAAAAAAUAGGUUCAUUGAUUGCGUUACAGCUUCGUUACACAUUCUAUAGACCGCAAACCAAGAGACUGAUGGCUCGCAAGAUCAUCUUACAGUAUAAAAUACGGAAAGGGAGGAAACAAAUUUGGGGCCGAUUUUCAAAUCCCUGAAACUCAAAUGGAAUUGAAUGAAAUCGCCUGAUUUUACUCACCUGAUCUAGAAUUCUUGUGUAUUUGCCAAAUACUGUAGGAAAACGGCAUAAAAAAGCGUUCAAAUUCAUUUUUGGCAACCGAAAUUUACAGCUUCAAGAUAGCGCUUUCGUUCGCUGUGCACCGCAACAGAUGGUGACAGAAAUGACGUUAAUGUAAUCCAGAUUGGAGCAAUAAAAGGGAAGCCUACACGACUUUUGCCUCAUGCCAAAAUGCUGCUCGUUCCAAUAAAGUUUUUUUCCUCUGCUGGGUAGAUUAUGGUCUGGAAGGUUCUACAGCAACUGUGAUUUUAGCAGGGAUUUUAGCCGCAUGCUUCACACUGAGAGUUCAUGACACAUAUCGAUUUACUGUAUAUCGAUUUACUCCCUCCGCAGCUGAUGUUUUGAUUCUCGAAUAAGCAGCGGUCUGUUGCUUUUGCGUUUCCGGUCUCAUUCACUUCUGUCACCGAGUGAUGCGGUUCACAGCGAACGAAGUCACCUGGUACAAGUUUCCUCCCUUGUCCUUUCUUUUACUCGGCACUUCGUGCCUCGGUCGCCCUUUGGGCAACGGCCUUCGGUCACCCUUCGGGCGACGUGCCAUGCGCCAGCGAGGAUAUGGCUUGCGGUUAUUGAUUUUCAAAAGUCGAUCUGGGUCAGAUAAGAAGCGAAUAAAUCGUUUAUAAAGAUCCCAUUGGGCUAAUUAAUCGUGCUAAGCGACAGGCAUUGACAUUUUUCAAGGUGAAACUUUAAAUAAGUAAUUCAUUUAUUCACACGAAACUCCUCUGGACCCUGUGAUUGUACAUGUAGGUAAAAUGUCAUGAUUGUUAAAGAAAUUCUCCUUACAAGUUGUAUUAGAAAUUUCUAAAGAAAAACAUUCGGAAUAAGCAUGUUAAUGAUUCCGAUUGCAAUAAAACCCAGAUCAUAAGAAAUUUUCAUCUUUACGUAAUACAGUUGUGGUAACCUUUUUUUCUACAUCUUUACUCAUACCGACGUAGUUAAGGCUCAAACUUGGGAGGUAUCCCCCUAAAAAAAUCCAGUUGAGCCACCUUAAAGGAGGUCACACUUUGGGGCUAACUCAAACUAGAAGAAGACAUUGCAUCUUUUUAGUCACAUUCAACGCACAAAAAAUGUAAAAACUGUAAAAGAAUAAGAAUUAAGUCUUGAAAUAUAUUUUUUGUGCAUCGAAUGUGUAAAAAGAAGUGAUGUAUUCUUCUAGUUUGAGUUAUUCUAACACUUCCUGGCAUUGGCUUUUAGAAUUGUUCAGACACUUUUGGGCUCCUUGCUGUAAAAGACAAAAACUUAUUAUAAGUGCUGUCAUAAUAGACUGUCGAAGAUCUGGUUCCUGUUGUUCAAAUGGUGGAUAGGGCUAUCCAGCGGAUAAAUUUUUAUCCAGUGGAAUAUGGCAAUUUGUUUUCCCAAUACUUAUCCACUGAAAUAUGGUGAUUCAUUUUGGUGGAUAGUGCUAUCGACCCUUUGAACAACUGGAGCCUGGUGAUGUAACUUUCUAUUUUGUUAUCAUGUGUAAGAUUAAAGUAAUUUACAAUACGGUUAUGGUUUACAGUGGACACAGCCAAACAUGUUCCUUGUAGCUUACGAUGUUACAAAUGAGCAAUCAUUCAAUGCCUGUAACAAGUGGUUUGAGAGGUGCCGAGCAAAGAGGCCGAAUCAAUCAUUACCUGGUAAGAUUGCAAAUACAAUAAUUAAUGCUGUUUCCCUAUCUACAUCUUUUCUCACGCAUGAAAGUGCCAUUGAUAGAAAAAAAAAUCAAGAAAUUUCUGAACUUUUAUUAUUUAAAAAUGUUGGGAAAGAAUUGCACCAUGUGAAAGUUUGCCCUGAGAAAACAGCCGACAUUUUGUGACGCCACCACUGGUCAAACUACCCAUUUUGAUCUGAGUGAAGCCAAUAGGAACACAUUUCUAUAUACAAUGGUGAUUAUUUUGUACAAAAGUCUUUUUAUUAUUAUUAAAGGGGCUUUGGUGGCCAUAAAGACAGACCUCAAACAAAGAAGAGUGAUAUCUACAAAACAAGGGCGUGACCAGGCCAGCUCUAAAGGACUGGAAUACUUUGAAUGUUCUGCAGUAAGUAUCAUUUUCGCCCAUGACCAUCUAUUUUAUGCAGGGUUCGUAAAGAGUCUUGAAUUCUUGAAAAGUCUUGAAAUUUGCCCAGCUAUUUUUCACACCUGGAAAAAGUCUGGAAAAUAGAGAUGAAGAGUAGAAAAAAUGGUAAAAAGUCUUUAAAGGAUCUGUGUCACGAAAUUCAGCCAAAUUAGGUAUUACAAAAUGCCCGUUAAAUCCAAGAGAAACAUAAAAAUAACCGCUUAAAACAUUAAAAGAAUGUCAAAGUAACACAACAGAUACAACAGAUGCCACGGACAGGCAAAACUGAAGAAGAUUGAAACGGAUUGAAAUUAGGGUUUUUGAAAACUGUUCAGCCUAACAGUUUUUCAAAGCUUAUCUCUGCUGUUUCCAACGUUAAAAAAAUAAUGCUCGGGAGACAUAUUUGUAUGUCUCGAAUCUCUGACUUUGCCAUUUACAUGUAAUUUCUUUGCUUACUUUAAGUUCCAUAGCGAUUCGGAGGGCUAGUAAUUGGCAAGAUUAAACAAAAUGAUCUGGACUGCCGUGACACAACCCCUUUAAGUCUUUUUUAUUUAAAGCUACAACAACAACAACAACAACAACAACAAUAAUAAUAAUAAUAAUAAUAAUAAUAAUAAUAAUAAAAUAUUUAUAUAGCGCUUAUACUUUUCAGUGCUAAGCGUUUUACAAUGGUUCAAAAAGGUCUGAAUAAAACAUAAAAAUCCUAAAAUCAUUAUAUAUAUAUAUACAUAGUCACAAAAAUACAAAAUAAAAAAAAAUACCAACAAGCGCUUUAUAAGUGAAAUUUUUUCGUUUUGGUCUAAUCGUAUUCAAUCUCGCCCGUAUGCUUGCCGCGCACCACGUAAGAAGCUUUGUUUCCGCGUUUUCGAAGGUCUCUACUGACCACCUAUUUGAUAACCUUGAGUCUGGAAAAAUCUUGAAUUUUGGCUUUUUAUGUCUCCUACUAAGAUGUAACCGUAAUUUCUGCUUGGUCACCAAAGCCAUUCAACAUUACCCUCUGCUGAACAGCGCUCUAUACCAAGUGUGCUAACUUCACCUUUUUGCCUAUUUCUGGGGUUUUUAUUAUUAAAUUCCAUUUUUCUCCCCAGAAAGACCAGGAAAAUGUCGAGGCGCCAUUUUACUACUUGGCCAAAGAAUUUCACAACCUUUACCACGAAAAAAUCGAACAGAUGAAGACAAUAACAUAG